AUGUUUGCUUGUCGUGAUCUUGCAAUAACAUCUAGUCGCACACUUCGUGUCGAUUUUUCAACGGCAAUCUAUGCUAAUUCAUUGCGAUUAGUUGUAAGAAAACCGACAUCCAUUCAGCUAAAUUGGUUCUCAUAUUUGGAUCCAUUUUCAUUGCCGUUAUGGUUGACGACAUUAGGCUGUAUUAUAUUCGGUGCAAUAUUAACUUGGAUGUUUGAACAUAAAGAAAAUAACGAUUUGAAAAUUCGAUCAUUACCCAGUGGAACGAUAUUGAGUAUGUGGUAUUCAUUAGCAAAUAUUUUCGGUUUUGGUGCUGAAUUUGGUGCAACAACAGCCGCUGGUCGUUUAUUAACACUUGGUUUAAGGAUUCUUUCUUUAAUAUUAAUGGCAACAUACACAGCUCAAUUAACAUCAUUUUUAACAGUAAAAAGUGCAAAAUCAACAAUAACAGGUAUUAAUGAUAUUAUAAAUAAUAAAAUACCUUAUAGUCGUAUUGGCGUUGUUAGUGGCACAUCAGGUGAAGAAUAUUUUUUGAAAGCAAUAUCACUUGGACGUACAGAUUAUUAUCAUUUACCAACAACUCAAGAUAUAUUUACAAAAUUAUUAGAUAAUACAAUUGAUGUGGCUGUAGCUAGUGGUGCGUCAGCUGUCUAUGCAAUUGAUAAUAUAUACUGUAAAUUAACACUUGCAGGUGAUCCAUUUUAUGCAACAUCGAUUGCAAUUGAUUUACCCAAACUAUGGCCCUAUAAACAGGCUUUAAAUGUCGAAUUAUUAACAAUAAAAGAAUCGGGUCUAUUAGAAGGCAUAAUGGGAAAAUAUUUUAAUACAUUAACGUGUGGGAGUAGUAGCGAUGCUGCAACUGGCAGUAGUAGUAUGACCGUUGAGUCAUUGGCUGGUUUAUUUCUUACAUUUGCUUGUAUAUGUGUUCUAGCAAUUUUACUACAUUUUUGGUUUAGAGCUAAGAUACAUGUAUUUAAAAUAAUAAGACGACGAAAACAAGAGAAGUCUCAGCGAUCAUCAACGAACCAUGAUAACAAUAUUUCACAUUCAAAUGCGGUUUCAGUGUUCUAA